ACGGGCUGGCCUCUUUUUCCCCUUUUUUGCUGCCAACCGCGCCGCUUGGCGCUAGGUACAAAUGGGGGAAUCGGAAGUUCUCGGAAAGGGCGGCUUGCAUUUUGACGCUGCUAGUCGUACACGGUAACAAAAGAGAAAAAAAACACAACAGGCCACGAGAGAUGCGGGAUCCUGCAGGGGAAAUCGGCUGGGUCGUUACUGUUGGACAGCCCACUUUGGAGCCACUAAGCCCAGGAGUCGCGAGUGUUUUGGAGGGCGAGAAGAACAAGGAAGGAAACAGCCCAUUGGUCAUGGAGGCAAUUUAUCUAGAUGAACAACUUCCCUUGAAUGCUGAAAAUUCAUUUAAAAAACACGAGAGCAACAAGAAAGGAGCACUUACAGAUAUUGAAAAGCUUUAUCAAGCAGUACCUCAGCUUGCAAAUGUGUUCAGAAUCAAAGGGAAAAUUGGUGAAGGUGAAUAUGAUUUUCCUUUAAAGUGUUUUGAAAAUCAGAGUUCAAAGGACUAUAGAUCAUCUAUCCAAAUUUUCCAGAGCCCCUUUUAUAUAAAUUAUUUCUGAGUUUAGUAUUAUUACUUGCCUGCUGGAGGACAAGAUAAUGUCAUGGGAGUUAAAUAUUGUUUUAGAAAAAAUGAUCACGUGGUAAUCGUUAUGCCUUAUCUGGAACAUGAAUCAUUUUCGGACAUCUUGGAUUCUCUCUCAUUUGAAGAAGUAAGAAACUACAUGUUUAACCUCUUGAAAGCUUUGAAGCGCAUUCAUCACUUUGGUAUCGUUCAUCGUGAUGUCAAGCCCAGUAAUUUCCUUUAUAACAGGCAACUGCAACAAUAUGCCUUGGUUGACUUUGGCUUGGCACAAGGAACUCCUGAGACAAAAGUGGAACUUCUCAAAGUUAUUCCAUCCGAAACUCAGCAAAGGAUUUCUGCAUACAAUAAACCACCUCUAACUGUGGGAAGCCAAGUUACUUCCCCAACAUCAAGGCAGCUCGUUCAUCAACCAGCUACAAAAACAGCUAAUAAAAGGCUUUCUUCCAUUUCACAAACACAGAUUAAACAAGGACACAAAAGAAAGGAGGAUCCAGACUGUCAUUGUGUUCAGCGUUCGAUUUUUGGGGAGAAAAAUUUCAACGUACGAAGCUCAGCAUUUCAAGCCCGUUCCACAGUUAAGCAACCCAGGAUAAUGGAUAUUCCAGUCAGGAAACUGUCGGUGAAGAAGAAGGCAACUUCUGUUGUAAAUAAUGGUUUAGGCAAGAAAGCUGCCAGUGGUACCCCACCUCACUUGAUCUGUGACUGUUACGCAAAAGAUAGCGUCUGCACCGUUUGUCUUUCAAGACGUCAGCAGGUUGCCCCAAGGGCAGGAACUCCUGGAUUCAGAGCACCAGAAGUAUUAACAAAGUGCCCUAAUCAAACUACAGCAAUUGACAUGUGGUCUGCAGGAAUUAUAUUUCUCUCCCUGUUGAGUGGUCGGUAUCCAUUUUACAGGGCUAGUGAUGAUUUAACAGCUUUGGCACAGAUCAUGACUAUUCGUGGCUCCAGAGAAACCAUUCAAGCUGCUAGAACAUUUGGUAAAUCAAUCCUGUGCAGCAAAGAAAUCCCAGCACAGGAUUUAAAGAAACUCUGUGAAAGGCUGAGGGGGAAAACUACCAGCUUUGACAACUCAGCAGGUGAUGUACAGAUGAACCCUUCUCAGGAAUUUUCUUUAUCAGUUGGAAUAGGCAACGUGUCAGAUUCUGCCCUUCAGGCAUCCAAAAAGCACACGCAGUAUCAAAAACAAAGCACUCAUGAAGAUGGUGGCAAAGAAAAGAAAACUAUACAAAAGCCAUCUGAUCCCAAAGGAUGGGACAGAGUUCCUAAUAGUGCCUAUGAUCUCCUUGAUAAACUAUUGGACUUAAACCCUGCUACAAGAAUGACUGCAAAGGAUGCUCUGCAGCAUUCCUUUUUCAGAAACGUGAAGCAAUAAAAAGACCUUUGACACUCUAUUGUGUGUGUGUUAAAGUAUUAUUAGAGUUGGUCGCUCUUUAAAAUGAAACCAAAAAUCUGAGAAAUGUUAUUUCCAGAGCAGUGUUGAUCUAGAUCUAGUUAAAGUAGUAAAUAUACUUCUGUUUUUCGGACAGGUUUUUAAAAAAUUUCAAAGUGCAUUUGAUUGUUUCACCACUUUGUGAUGCACUCAGAAAUGGCAACAUAAAAUCUAUAUAAUGGGACUGAAAUCUGAGAAGGGUUCCUUUUUGCUAUGUCCUUCGGUUUUAGCAAUCCUAUUAUAUCAUGCAGCUUCCUAAUAGUUGGUUUAAAUUUGGCUGGGGGCAGAUACAAUAAAUGAAUUAUUCUGGUAGGCAAUGAGUUAAUUAUUUAUAUAUUUUAGUUUCACAGAUCUGGGGGGAUUGAUCAUUAUGAUUUGUUACUUCUGCUACUUGUUGACAAAUGCUUCCCUAGUUUGUUUUUAGCAGGAGAAAAGCAACAUUCAUUGUAAGAUACAUGUACAUGUAGCUCCUCUGACAGCAUUGCUGGUGGGGAAUUCUGACAAUUUAAUCUUAAUAUAGUAGAUGAUGUAUAUUGGUAAAAGUGAACUUAAGGCAUUGCUCAAGAAUUUAUAUUUUAUGAGGAGUAUUGAAAACACUGACUCCGAGGACCUGGAACUUUUUCCCCUUAAGAGCAUAUAAUAUCAUUUACUUUCUAUUUCAUAUGCCUUUGGAACUGUUAUCUUUUCAUUGUAUAGACUACAAUAUCUUUUUCUUGUAAAAACUAUGUACAGAUACAGCAUUAGCUUAUUGAUUGGUAUGUAUCGCUGUGUUAUAAUUUUGUGAUGAAUUUAUGGGAAUGACCAAAAUAAAAUCAUAUUUUUUUAUAAAAAUAAAAGCCAUCAUA